AUGACGCAUAGCUCAUUCUGCUAUUCGGCCCCUCCAACUCACUCCUUUUUCGACUCGAAGCUUCCGAAGAUGAACCUGGUAAUAUAUGCCGUUGCUGUUAUCACCACGAUGCUCGCCACUGCAAUCAAUGCGCAGCAACUCUGCACAGCUCAAGGGUGUGCGGGCGUCUCUUCGGCAUCAAAUAUUGCGACCAGCGCGUGCUGCCAAAGUGUAGUGUUUCCCGGGGUUUGA